UUAUUUGUUAAACCACAGAGCAGGACCGGGUUUGAAGAAAGGUAAAGUGAGAGUGUUCCACGACCUGUGCCCUGAAUAUGGAGCUGUGGCUGUGGUAGGCCUUGGGAAAGCCCGGAUUGGGUUACAAUGAGCAGGAGGAGAUUCAUGAAGAUAGAGAAAGUGUGCGAAUAGCAGCUGCUGCUGGGUGCAGGAGUCUGCAGGAUGUGGAAAAGACCGAGAUCUGGGUAGAGGGUCUAGGAAAUCCUGAGGCUGCAGCAGAAGGAGCAACCCUUGGGCUCUGGCUGUACCAGGAGAACAAGAAACAAGCCAAUCAGAAGAAGAUGCCACUUGUGCACUGUCUAGAGCUAGGUGAAAAUCAAGAUCCUUGGUGCUGUGGUAUUGUAAAGGCUGAAUCCCAGAAUCUUGCCAGACGACUGAGUGAUACCCCUGCCAACCUUAUGACACCUACCAUUUUUGCAAAGAAUGCUGCUGAAGCACUGACCAGCCAUGGAGUAGAAGUUAUAGCUCAUGACGCCAAUUGGGCUCAGGACCAUAAAAUGGGCUCAUUCCUGAGUGUCACCAGAGGCUCUGUGGAACCCCCAGUCUUCCUGGAGAUGUCCUAUAAGGGUGGAAAGUCUGGGGAUAAACCUAUUCUUCUAGUCGGUAAGGGGAUCACGUUUGACUCGGGUGGCAUCAGUAUCAAGCCUGCUGGCAGUAUGAGUGACAUGAGGGCAGACAUGGGGGGAGCUGCCUGUGUAGUAGCAACAUUACAAGCUGCUGCCAAACUUAAACUUCCAAUCAACAUUGUCGGGUUGACGCCUCUCUGUGAGAAUAUGCCGAGUGGAUCAGCCACCAAACCUGGUGAUGUUGUGGUGGCCAUGAAUGGUAAGACUAUACAAGUGGACAAUACAGAUGCAGAGGGCAGGCUGGUGCUUGCAGAUGCUCUGUGUUAUGCAGCACAGUUCACACCCAAGUUCACCCUUGACAUCGCCACCCUCACAGGGGCCAUGAGGAUAGCGCUGGGUGAGGCUGCAACAGGGGUGUUCAGCAACUCAACGGCUCUUUGGCACCAGCUGCAUCAGGCAGGGGCCCUCACGGGUGACAGAGUUUGGCGGUUUCCUCUCUGGGACCACUACACUAAGCAGAUGACAGAUUUCCCUGCUGCUGAUGUGAACAACCUCGGAAAAGGGAAAGGAGGAGGCUCUUGCACUGCAGCGGCUUUUCUGAAGGAGUUUGCUCCACCCGGAGACUGGAUACAUCUAGACAUCGCGGGUGUGAUGGGACCAGCCGAUAACCUGCCUUACCUCCAAAAAGGAAUGACUGGGCGUCCUACUCGCACUCUCAUACAGUUACUUAUUCAGUCUGUAGAAUGCUGACUGCAGUUACCUUAGAUGUGGAGUUGUUAACCAUGCAUUUCCUGUAUUACAAAAUUUGACGCUUACUUGUUAUGG